AAAGUCCUAAUUUGUUUCUUCCUCUUCUUUGUCGUCUUUAAAACUCAGUACUCCCCUAUUCCGAAUCCCGAAAAUCAUUUGCAGCAUCUCCAAACUCCACUACACUUCUCCAAUCCGUUACUUUGAUUAGCUUCUGUUCUCUUGCAAAUCCAAAAACGAUCAUGGAUUUCUGGCAAAAGGCUCGAAGUUUCGCUGAAGAAGCAGCAAAGCGAACCACAGAAUUCACAAAAGAAGCCGCUAAUCGUUCUCAGGAGCUUACCAUUGGUUCCUCCAAGCUCUCCGACGUCGUCCUAGAAGCUUCCAAACGAUCUAAGGAAUUUGCUGUCGAGGCAUCCAAGCGAUCCAAAGAAAUCGCCGUCGAGGCUUCCAAACGAUCCAAGGAAAUAGCCGUCGAAGCUACCAAACGCGCCGAUGUUAUCGUUUCCGAAGCUUCUAAACGCGCCGAUCAGAUCAAAGUUGACGCUCUCAAACGCGCUGAACAGAUCAAGUUUCAAAUUCCUUCCGCUGCGCUUUCUCACAUUGUUGACUCGUCGUCGGCUGCUCCUCAAACGGCGUCGUCUGCCCCUACGCUUGCCGAUCUCGAGCAAUUUGGAGUUACUGAUGAUUUGAGAGAGUUCGUUAAGGGGAUUACCAUUAAUACCUUUCAGGAUUUCCCACUUGAAGAUGAUUCGGUGAUCUCUGAUAUUCCUACAGUGUCAAAUGUUCGGCAGGAUCUUACAGAAUUUCAAGAAAAACACGCAAAACUUGUUCUUCAAUCUGUCAAGGAAAUCUCAAAGCUAAGGUAUGAGUUAUGCCCGCGCAUAAUGAGGGAGCGGAAGUUCUGGAGAAUCUACUUUAUUCUAGUUAACAGUCAUGUGGCCCCGUAUGAAAAGAAAUACAUGGAAGAGGCCGAAAUAAAAUCUGUUGAAAAGGCACAAGUGGAGAGUGAAAAGCAGGUUUCAUCAGCUGGAACAACUUCUAAACCAGUGGUUGAGGCAACACCCCAGACAAAUAAAAAGGCAGCCUCAUCAACGUCAGACCAGGAUUUGGAUAUUUUUCUCCUUGGAGAAGACAGCGAUGAUGGGCCAGAUGAUGGGGAUGAUGCCUUCGAUGAUGAUUUUGACAAGAUAUAGAUUGGAAGCUCUCAACAUUGGAAGGUAAGUAAGCGCAUAGCACUGGCUGCCUGCUGCUCGGAAAGCUUCAGGAUGAGGUCCUUCUCAAUGAGGUAUUCGUAUGGGAUAGAAUGAUAAAGCUAGCUACAGAAAUUAGUCAAUAUAUACUCACCAUAUUCCAUUUCCCCUAUCCUUCCACGGUAGACUUUUUGGGUCUUAUUGUUCUUUACUUUGUGUUAUAUUCUUUGCUGGAGACAGAAGAAAAAGGAGGUGGGAAAUAGAGGUCAAAUAUAUGAUGGUGUUUUGAAGCUGUAAAUUUGAAUUCAUUUUUAUUUUCAUCUGUACUGGCAGCUAUUUAUUCAUUGGAUAUCAACUUCAAUAUAAUGAACAACCGUAAAUACGAGCUGCUAUCUUUACUUUCGAA